AUGUGCAUUGAGGCCUCAAGGUCAACUCCUACUCCCGUUCUAAGUGGUGCACCCCAGGGCUCCGUCUUAGGGCUGUUGCUAUUCCUGGUUUACAUUAACGACUGCGUCGACGACCUGGGAUGCAGCGCCAUGAUGUUUGCUGACGAUGUUAAGCUGUGGAGACCCAUCAGAUCUGAUGCAGACAGGUGCGCGCUUCAAGACAGUCUCAACCGCCUGAACAGUUGGUCAGCUCGCUGGCUCCUCAAUUUUAAUGUGGACAAAUGUGUGGUCCUGAGACUCCGCACCAGACGGACCAGUAAGGAGGACGAUUCCUUUCAAUACGUCCUUGGUGGUCGGCCCCUUUCAAAUGUUGUGGAACAGAAAGACCUGGGCGUCCUAAUGACCUCCUCGCUGAAACCAUCUUCAGAUUGUCAAAGGGCAGCCAAAAGUGCGAUAAGGGUGUUAUUUGCGCUGAGACGAAGAUUUGUGCAGAUCGACAAGGAGCUGUUCGGAAAAACCUAUAAGGCAUUCGUCCGGUCUCACUUAGAGUACGCAGUCCAGGCCUGGCGACCGUGGUUGAAGAAAGAUUAUCAACGACUGGAAAGAGUACAGGCGAUGGCUACGAAGAUGGUCAAGAAUCUUCAUCAUUUGCCUUACGAAACCAGGCUGACCGAACUAAAUCUGUUUCCUCUAAAUUGCAGGCAACUGCGCGGCGAUCUCAUUCAAACCUACAGGAUUGUCAGAAGCCGUGAGUGUGCCCUAGACUUUGAUGAAUUCUUUGAAUUGGCCCGGACUGACCGUCUGCGUGGUCAUCCGUUCAAACUGCAAAGGAAGCGGGCUCAUUCGGACGUCCGACGGAACGCCUUCUCUCAUAGGGUCAUCGGGGCAUGGAAUGGACUCCCUGACGCCGUCGUUCUUUCCGAAAAUGUCAAAUCCUUUAAGUGCAGACUAGACGCUCAUUUGUUGAGAACCAACUGUACAUACAAUAAUGAUUGUUUUACCGGCGGCAGUUUGCGCCUAGCUCACACUUACCGCUAACUUCUUAACUUUUCGCAUUUGCUGAUGUAAUUGAUGACUUUAUUUCUGUUUAUCGAUAUGAAUAGGGAGCUCAAGGGCGAAAGCCUCAUUCCCGCAAUAAACUGACUUAAACUGACUUAAAUUACUUUUGCAGAAGUGCUGUUUAUGUCGCCAUAAAUCAACUGGUCGACUAUUUCGCCGGCUGAUGGCCUGCUACGACUAGCAGAGGCGUAUUUUUUGACGACUGAAGUGUCAAGAGGUACUACAUGUUAUGAAGGGUUUUGUGAGUUAAUCAGAUCUGCGGACGGCGAAGAACAUACGCUGGCACCUGCUAUGUCUUCGGUCACGAUUUUAGCACCCAGAGACGGUGGGGAGGCCGCAAGCUUUCGCCGUUUAGCACGUGCUCUGCGGGGCAUUACAGACAGGAAAAGUUUUUCGUUACAGAAGAAGGGUCAACACGUUGCCAACAUACGGAAAAUCGCACUUAAUAGCAAGUGCAACUGUUAUUUAACUACGAAAAAUAGAAAGAGAUAGUAGGGAAAGGAGUCACUAGAAAGGUUUUUUCUACAAAAUAGGACUAUUUUGAAAGACCGUCAAAUAAAACUGGGAAAAAUUAUAUCUUGUAUUGAAAGGCGACUUUUAAAAGGGGCUCAAGUAAAAAACAGGCAUUAGUUGCUUAAGAAUAUCCAGAUAAAUGCAAAGCUUCUCUUCUCUUCGUAAUGAACAGCAGUCAGUCGUAGUCAUCAACUUUGAUCUUAAAAAAGCAUUCGACAGGGUACCACAUAGCGGUCUUUUGGCAAAAUUGGAAGCUCUCGGCAUCCGGCCGCCUCUACUCGACUUCAUCAGGACCUAUCUAUCCAACCGAUACCAGUAAGUCAUGGUUGGUAAUAGCUACUCGGCACCUAAUAAUAAUUUUUUAUUCCAGUUCAGUAAGGGUCAUGUAAGAAUACAUUUUUACAUGAGUAUUAGAACAGGUAGACAGAACCUAUACAAUACUUAAUUCAUAGUUUUGAAAUAAGUAGUUUAUUUGGCACAAAGAAUGACGAGCGAGCAAUGAAAAAACAUCCCUCGAUCACGAGAGGCGUACUUCAAUGCACGGUUUUGGGUCCGCUACACUUCCUUCCCCACACCAAUGAUAUUUCAACUGAAUUGAUAAAUUCGCAAGCUUUUAUUUAUGCCGAUGACCUCAAGUGUGUUUAUUCAUAUUCUUAGGAGAGCGCAAAUGUUUUUGUUGAAAAAAUUAAUACCGAGUAACUACGCUUAAGCAGAUGGAGUGCAACAUGGCAGAUGGAGUUUUCAUCAUCUAAGUGUACUUUCAUGUCUUUUGGUUUUCCCAAACUUCCUGCUCCCAUAAUUUUUCAGAAAAACUCACUCUCAGCAUGCAUCACCAUAAAGGACCUAGGUUCAAAAUAUACAAAUAAAGGUGCCUUAUCACCUCAUGUAGGUCGAAUCUCGGCCAAGGCUACACCGAUAUGUGGAUUCAUAUCACAUAAUUUUCCCUUCUGUGAAUGAAGCUAAGACUUUAUCUAAUGCUUGUUCUUCCUGUACUCGAAUACUGUUGUCCUAGCUUUGGUCAGGUCAGUAUGUCAGUAUAUUUUAAGGGUAAUAGGCAAUGCCUUUAAAAACCAUAUUGAAAACGGUACGUGCAAUAUCUACCUUUAAAUAAACAUGGUACUAAAUAAUCCAUGGAGUUUUCAAAGGCCUUGCCUGUUAUCCUUGCCAAAGUACGCCAAGCUUGAAGUGCGGGCGAGGACUGGAACAAACUAUCUGAUUCGGUUGUUCUGGUGGAAAGCGCUGAGACAUUUAAACGAAGACUUUUUGGCAUUUUAUAUGAGGACCAUGAAUUGACUUGAUAAGAACUGAUAACCUGUACCCAUAUCUCUAUGUAAACCUAUAUGCGUUUUUUACUCUAUGUCUGGAAAUAUGCUUUUCAAAGGGUAUGCCUAUCUCGCUUAUACAUACUGAGUUAUACUGAAAUUAACUCUACAAACUUCAAUAGCCAACGCAAACCAGUAUAGAAAGGGGGAGAGAGGACCUUGACAAAUAACUUCAGAGCAGUGGGUCUCACGAGCAUUUACUGCAAACUAAUGGAGAAAAUGCAAGAAAAAUAACUGAUGGUGUAUAGUCAGGAAAACAACUGGCUUAGUGCGCAUUAACACGGAUUUAGAAAAGGGGUCGAUUUUGCCUUACCAACCUACUAACGUUCAUAGAAAUCUGGAGGACAUCUUCAGGAAUGAGUUUGUGGGUAAAUGUAGUCUAAAUUGACUUCAAAAAAGCGUUUGACAGGAUUCCACACAGACGGCCAAAAUCUAGACUGCGUCGUGUGAAUGUAUGUGGUGACCUACUCCAAUGGUCGGUUGACUUUCUCAUGUGCAGAUAUCAGGAUGUUUGCAUUGGUGACACCAAAUCGGAGUGGGAAAUCUUUCACAGCGGGGUUCCGCAGGGGGCGUUCUGGGUUUCAUUCGGUUUUGGAUAUUUGUGAACAGCUGCCUUGACUGCCUGACCUGCGAAAAGUUAGUGUUCUCUGAUGAUCUAAAGGGAUGGAAUCGAAUAGAAAGGUCGGAGGAUGUGCUUAGCUUGCAGAAUAGCUUGGAUCGAUUACAACACAGGUGUGAUUAAGGGCUUCUCAAACUCAUUUUCAACAAAUGCCAAAUCAUCCGACUGAGGUCUAUUUGAAGACAAGUUGUGGGCUUUGAAUGUCAGUAUUUCACCGAAUGGCACCAACUCGAGCUGGUAAACGAGUCUUGGGACCCAGGUGUGCGUAUGGCGUCCACUCUCAAGCCUUCGUCACACUGCGUCAAGAUAGCAAAGAAGGCAAUGGGCAUGCCGGGAGCGAUCUAGGGAUCCUUCCCUAGCCUUAACGAGUGGCCUUUGGUCGGGUGUUCGAAGCCGUUAUCCGGCCGAUAGCAAAAUAUUGCAUUCAGGCGUUGCGUUCCUGGAUGAAGCCAGACUACACUUUCCCGAAGAACGUUCGAAAAAUGACGACCAGACUAUUUAGUGGGCUGAAUUGUCUAAUCUGUGAGGAACGACGGGAAAAUGUCAAAAAUUUUCCUGUCUUUUAUAGGCAAUACAGAGGGCAUAUGAUCGUGAUCUUCAAAUUCGUCAGAUAAGUAGACUGUGCACUUCACUCUGCCGAUUUUUUGAACUAACACAAUCAAAAAAUCCCCAAAGCUACAGAUACAAAUCGAAGACAAAGUACGCCAACUUGAAGUGGUGGCCAACUUCUUCUUCCACCGAGUGAUUGAAGAAUGGAAAAGACUACCUAGUUCGGUUGCUCUGGCAAAAUGCGUUCAGACAUUUAAAAGAGGAUUUGUGUGCAUUUUACUUUGUGGACAUAUAUUUAUUUGACAAGAGCUGGUGUGGUGUACCCAUGUAGCUACAUGGGCAUGUGCACGUUUUUUUCAGUUUAUGUCUGCGAAUGUGGUUUUCAAAGCCUCCCCCCCUUCCUUUUACACGUACUGAAUUAUAAAAUACUGAAUUCUUUGUUUAAUUUUCUACUACAUACCCAGAGAUUCACAGAUGCCUGCAUCCUCCCUCCCAUUCUUAGUUGUUCUCCUGUUAUUUUUCUGCUGUGCUUUAAAAUAGAUGCGCUCAUUUUUAGACGUGUCCUCCGAAUGCUCUCCUCUGCUGUCGCUGUUUCUGAUGUCUUUUUAUGUGAUAUCUUAAUAUCACAUUUCGCAUUGGUUAGACAAUUUACUGAUCGAAUUCUGGAUGAUGUCCAUCCACUUCACCCUAAGUUAAUAUCUGUAAAGUCCCUCCCCAUCAUGCGCGCGGCCUCUGGCAUAUAUCUUGCCGUUCACUGGCCGUUCCGACAGGCCGCCAGGGUGUUCAGCACUCAGGAGACUGGUAAAAAAGUAAAAUCCCUCGGUGCUCGAAAAAUUCAGACCGAAUUCAAAAGACGCGGGGUGCUUCGACCCACUUUGUAAAAUAGUCUACCAUAACCAGGAUACAUUCGUAUCCACGGACGGAUAUUGGCAGGGGGCUAAUAAUGUCUACACCGACGCGCUCAUCUGGAAAACUCGUAAUCAUGGGUUGCAUGGGUGCACGGGGAAAGGGGUUUGGUGACUUGAACAGUGCGCAAGUGGUGCAGGAUUGCAGAAAUGGAGGAUGGAAGAACGGAGUUGGGGCCACCAAAAUCGUGUAUGGGCUGCCAGUUCGGUGCGUCGUUGGCCGCGAUGCCCUAAUUCUGUGUGGAAAUCAGGCAUUACGCUGUCAAUCAAGCAUCCUGGCACUUCUGAGCGUAGUUGUUUGAUGACGGGUCGAGGAAACAGAGGAUAUUGUUGUCAGUUGCGAGGUGGGGCCACUGGUACCAAAGGAGGCGUGCGCUUUGACUAGCUCCUUUCAUGUCCGCCUCGGAGGGUUUAUUGAAAUGUUGGGAUAGGUGGUUAUAAAUGAUAGCCGUGUCAGGGUCAGUCUGUUGAGCCGACGAACAAACGUAACGAGUGGGUUCGGACAUCGUGACCGCGUUGACUGACGCGCUGUUGCGGUCUAGGUUUGGAGGUUGCGUAUCGGGAAAACGCGAGAAAGCGUCAGAAUUCCCACGUUUAUGACCCGGACGGUAUUGACACGCGAAGCGAAAUCUUGUAAAAAUUCCCGCCUCCGUGCGAGUUGGUCCAUGGGGUCUUUGAUAGAUUGUAACCAUUGGAGCGCUCAAUGGUUAGUGCGGAGGACAAAAUGGCGACCAGUGAGUAGGUGCUUAAACUGGCGGAUGAAUGUUAUGAUGGCUAAAUAUCUCUGCGGGAGGUACAGUAGUUCCGUUGAGGCUUAGUGAUAGUGUUUCUCGCGAAGCAUAUCGGGUGUUCGAUCCCCUUAACAUCCGCUUGAGACAGGAUUGCCACCAUGGCGAACCCACUAGCGUCAGUGUCAAGGAUAAAAGUGAGUGCGUCGGGGUUUCGAUUAGGGAGGGGAAAAAGUGGGGCUGAGCAGACAGCGACUCUACGGUUAGUUAAAUUUUCCUCACAGUCAGGGGACCACUUGAAUUCCCGGCCUUUUUCUGUAAGUUUAUGUAGUGGAUCGGCUAUAUGGGCAGAGUUCCGGAUAAACCGUCUGUAGUAAGAGGCUAGUCCGAGUAAGCUACGGAGUUGCGACUGGGUUUUCGGGGAUGGCCAUGCUCGAAUUUGUUGUAGCCGAUCAAGGAGGGCAGCUAUAUGGCCGGAUGAGGUUUUGUGACCCCCAAAUUGUACUUCCAAGUAUAAGAGACGCAUUUAUGGGGGUUUAAUGUCAAGCCGGCAUCGCGGAGCGCUUUUAAAACCCCUCGUAGAUUACGGUUGUCUUUGUCAGUGGUCUGCCCGAAUACGAUAAUAUCGUCCAGGUAGACUAGGCAUUUGGUGGGGGUGAGGAGUCGUAACACCUGAUACAUCAGUCGCUGAAAGGUGACGGCAGCAUAACAAAGCCCGAAGGGAAGUGUCUGGAAUUCAUACAGGCCUUGUGGCAAAGUGAAAGCUGUUUUGUGGCGGUCUUUCGGAUGGAUUUCUACCUGCCAAUAUCCAGAUUUGAGGUCGAAAGUGGAGAACCAUGCCGCACUUCCCAGGGUGUCGAGGGUAUCAUCUAGACGGGGAAGGGGAAACGAGUCACGGACGGUGACGGCGUUCAGGCGCGAUAGUCAAUGCGCAGCCGCAAGGACCCGUCUUUCUUAGGCAGUAGAGCUAUGGGGUGAAGCCCAUGGUGAGGAAGAGGGCUGAAUUAAUCGUGCCUUUAAAAGGUCGUCUAAAAUUUUAUCAACCUCGUCUCGGUAUGGGGUUGGUAUGCGUCGUGGAGAUUGCCAGACGGGUUUGGCAUCACCAUUGCUAAUGGCGUGCUGCACCUUGGAUGUGCUGCCGAUGGACUCGGUUGUCCACGUGAGCACAUCGGGAAAAGAAAGCAAGCGUUCACGGAGUUGACUACAUGCCUCAGGUGCUAGCGAUAUCGGAGGAGGCAGGAUGUCGUCUAUACUGAUAGGGUCUAAGAUGGUAGCUGAUAAUAGGGCGUUGUAUAUGUGGUCGAAGUCGAGCGAUUGUAGUGGAGGGGUGGCAGUAGGGUUAGAAUUUACCAAUAGGCGGCGGUCUUUAGUAUGGAUAGUGCAAUCAUGACUCGCUAGAAAAUCUAGUCCUAGGACGAGGUUCUAUUGGUUACCAGGUGGUUCAAGGAAUUGGUACGCAACGACUGUCCCCUCGAGUACUAUUUGGAGAGUUAUCGGACCCAGUAUAGGGAUCUUAGUACCGUCCGCCGCUCGGAGGCUACGGGGAUAGCUUAUAGGUUCGAUCUGGUCAUAAGUUUUGCGGGAUAGUAUAGCAGGAUUCACGGGAGAUACGUUGGCUCCUGUGUCGACUAAUGCCUGCACAGACUGGCCUUAAAAGUUAACCAGUGCAGUAAGAGGGGGUUAAUGGGAAACAGUGUCUAAAUAGGCAGGGACAACGAAAGUGUAUUUACUGUGGGUGCUGUGACCACAGCAUUUGGCUUGCGGGGCGAAGGCCGUACAAUAUGCAAACCCUGGGUUGAAGUCAGGAAAAAGUACCGGUAGAGAGGACGGCUUGCUGGGAGGCGGAGGUAUUGGGCGUAGGGGUUUACGGUCAUGAGAUGGUGCAUCCUUACUGCCAGAAUGAUGCAUUUCAUAUAGUCGGCACUAUCGAAUGGCCGAAGAUAAGUUACUGGGAGGGUGCAACAGGAGAAUGUCGGUCGCCUUGUGGUCGUGUAGGCCGGUAAUGAAUUGGAGGAGAUUUAGCCAGUCAUGGCCUGAUUCCCGCAAAUUGGGGGUAAGUUAUGGCUGCCAGGCGAAAUCGUCCACGGACUGUGUGGGGUGUUGACGUAAGGUAGCAAAACGUUGGUUGGCAAUGCCUGCGGCGCCUGGAGGGUCAAAAAGCUGGACGAGUAUCUCUGUUGCUCGCUUGAAGUCCGUCGUGGGUUUAAUCCCAGCAGUGAAAGCACGUCGGCGUGAUGGGAAGAUAAGAACCGUAAGAAGUAACAAGUAUGUUCGUAUGGAGGUACAUUUAGCAGUAGGAUCGAGAGAUCACGCAACCAUUCACGGAUGUUUUUCGUCUGUUUCGUACAUCUCAGGCACUAGUAAAAGGCUGGGGCCGUAGGGGUUGGGAACGUUUUCCAGGUACGUGGGGUCUGUGCGCGGGGAGGUGGAGGGGCGGAAUGGAACUAAGGGCUGGUACGCUCACCGUCUACCAACAUUGUUAUGCCAGUUUCGGAUGGAUCAGUAGGGGUCGAAGCGAUAUCACAUGGGGACAGUCUCCUCUUCUUUAUAAUCUGAGGGUUGACUUGAGAAUCUGAACGCGGGGCAUCCAACAUUCUUCACAGACAGUCUUAAACACACCAGAGUUGGACGUUAGGUGGGAAGAAUAUAGGCAGGUGCUGAAGAGUAUGUAAACGUGUGUAGACGUCAAAAGAAAAAGAUUAAUGAACUGAAUGCAAAAACUAACAAAAUAGGCAUCGUUGGGAAAAUAUGUACAUUCAUCAGAGUAAAGGGUUAACCCGAAAAAAGACAGAAGUUGGAAAGCAAAAUGUAGCAACGAUCAACGAGAGAACAAACGAGGGUGGAACUUAUCGGGUAUGUGGAUCACAGGCUUUGAUCAGGCCCAUGUGACGAGCUUGGCCGGGGAUUAUCUACAAGAUGAGUAUUCGCUUGUUUAUUAAAACAAGGUCAGUACCCUAUGCUCUAUUUGGGCUGUUACACGAAUUCUUUUAGCCAGCGGGCAGUGGUGGCGCGUCCCUUGCGAUGUCUGUCGUCUUUUUCAGGCCGUCGACGGUAGUCCAUCGAAUAAGCUCUGUGAGGCUUUUUUCUGUCUUAUCAGUGAAAAAACACACACCUCUAAUAAAAUUCCGGUCGCAAAAAAAUUUCGAAGCUGGUAAGCACUGCCAUUGAUGGUUGUGUAUAUAUAUAAACUGAUAGACGGCGUACGGCGCUCAUCGAUCGCGUUACGGGACCUACUCUUCUCUUUAUGCCUUGGAACUCUAUCUAGAACCCCGCAGGCAGUCGUACGGCGACUAUUAAUAUAUGCAAAAUGAGGUUACCGACAAAGACUAGGGGGAGCGGAACGGCGAUUUCUAGAUUAUUGGCGUGGGGUUGUGUAUGGCCGGCUGAUGACGUCUAACAAAACAGAUGUGGCCAUUUCGGCCUCCGUUGCAUUUGUCGGCUAUUUGAUUCUUCUUGUACGUAUAUGUGUUGACAAUGGCAGAGGUACUUUCACUGAUCGCUUUAGGAGUCGCCUGUUGGUUACACAUCCAUAACAACCGCACUUGAAAAUUCAUAAAGAGAUGUGCGCACCUGUGGGUUGCAUAGUAGAACAUGCAUCCCCAUGCUGCGGAACCGCAUAUGUGCGUGUUAUAUAAGUAAAUUUCGUCGCAGACUUUUGAAGCCGAACAUCCGUAGCACCUAUCCGAUUGCCUAGCUCUUUUGCUGAGGGCCCUGCGUGUUCACGCACUUCACCCAAUAGUUGCUUACCAUUUGCAUUCGAAGAGAGUUGGCGUAUAAAUCUAACUACUGUCUAAGAAGUAUUGUUAACAGAUGGAACGAACUCUGAAGUUUAAACUGAAAAUUGACUCUCUAAUGGAUCUAUUUUGUGUUAUGUGUAGGUUUGUCUUAGUUGGACUGCCAUGUGUCGCAUACUUAGGGGCAUUUGCACGAGAGAGAUGUUACUGGAUCAAACCUGUUCGGCCAGAUAAACGUCACAGAUAAUGCCUCGGCGCGCAUCACUCAUCUUCAGCAAGUCAUAGUCAUUCACCCCACUCCAUUCUCCGGCCGCGAAGACUACAUACCAAAGGCCCAAGAACCACGCUAUUGUUUGACGGACUUUAUCGAAUGACGUUUCGAACCUACAUUCUUGCCGACCCCAGCUAAGCAAAACUAUAGAGUUUAGGUGAGCAUAGGGCGGCGUGGAGCAGUCCCCAAUGACUUCAGAUAUCCUCCUUAUGUUUUUCCAGUCAAUGCACAUUGCAUUAUUGGGGACGAAGUCGGUGCAUCUCACUCGAAAGGUCGUUCUCUCGCAACUGAGCAUUCAUAAGCGCCAGGGCGGACUGACUGGAGCGAUGUCUGGCACAUGUGAGCCUUUACGGAAAUUAAAAUACCACAUCUUGUAUUUCAAGGGCUUUAAUAAGCACUACAACAACGUCAAUCUGGCUGGCGCCCUCCUUACUCUACCAUUAUGGGAACAACUGGAAACCUGGCUACUCUAAACGACCUACUAUGAGCUGACAGCUGUUAAUCACGGGAUGUCUCUACCGGCCAGAGGUUCAGUUCGCUGGUACAUCUCUGUUCUCAGUUUUGGUGGGUAGUCAGUUUGGCUUGGCAACCUCCUUCAUCUAAAGUGCGGCUUCUUAGACUACCAGUUUGACGCCCACGUGUCAGUAUCAGAGUCGUCGAGGCCAGUCAGCCGGUCCCGUCUGCUCUCGAGGAGUAGCUAUUGACAGGGCCGCGCAGCGUUAAAAGGCUGAGCGACCCCUUUUUGAAAUCCAGACUUACUGCUUUGUAUCGUCGUUAUUGUUAGUUUUUAGACGAUUGUUCUGCUUCUUCAGGUGCCUGUCGACCAAGCAUUUAACGUCAUAACUCUGUGGUAACUUUUAUGUGACUAACGGAAGAGAGUCGGGGAGGCGAAAGUCUUGUUAAUUGACAGGUAGAUAGUUAUAAUUAACUCCAAAGCUGAUUGUAAAAGACGCUUGUGCACUGUCCCUAUCCAAUCUAGAAAAUGCUGAAUCAACAGCACGUUUUGAUUUGGCUCAUGCCACUGCUAUCUUGAAUUUGGAUUUUUUGCGGUAUUUUACGAUUUUUCAUGCAUUUGCUCGCUUCAACAUCAGAAUUUCUAUUUAAUAGAGAAAAAGUCACCAGCUCUCGCGGCGACUCCGGUAGAGAUCGAACUGAAUCCCAAUUUCUGCCGUAAGGCGUUGUCAGAUGAGGAAAUUAUGAACUUUCAGGUGCACUUUCAUUUGUGACUUACUCUGCCGUUUAGUUUGGUGGGUUGCCGGCAUAA